UUCAGGUUUUAUGAAGCUUCUGUAAAAAUUAAGUGGCUACAUUUUCAUCCAUUGCCUGAAGUUAGCAUUCUGUAGCAAAAUGCAGGAGUCAUUGAUGACGUCUCUGCAGAGAAAAGAAGAGCACGAGGAAAAGGAAGAGCCUGCUGAGACAGCGUACAUCAGCUCCAGAUGUGUCCUCAUCACGUAUUUCCAAGGAGAGAUCGGGGCAGUGGUGGAUGAACAUUUUUCAAGGGCUCUAAGCCAAGGCAGCAAUCAUAAUCUUGAAUCUGGUCUCAGAUCAAAACCUGGGAGCAAUACUUUAUGGAGAGAUGGUGCAGUGUUCUCUAGUCAAAGGACUAAUUUCCCCAGUACAUUUUGGAGCACUACAUACCAGACUCCUCCUCCUUCAUGUCUGAGUGGGGUUCAUCCUCAGUUUUCCACUGCACCCCAUGGGCAUUUCCAUUCUUCUGACUCCCACAGCUGGCCUGCUCACAGCCUUCAUCAGACUGUGCCUCCACCUUCCCCAUCUGUGUCAGAAUCCUGGGCUUAUUCCCUGACGUCACAUGCCAGUCCAUCUUACUCACGAGUACAUGAUGCCUACUCCCACAUGCAUCGCCAUCCACAUGCUCAUGUGCACCAUCACUCCUCCACCUCACAACUGGACCCUCGCUAUGGAUCCAUUCUGAUGCCCACCAUGUGCACAUCAAGGCUUCCUGCUCCACAGUGUGACUUUCUCAAAUCAGAACCUACUACCCCUACAACCACAGGUACCACAGCAUGGACUGGAACGUUUCAUGGUACAAUGGACAUUCUGCCAACAAUCACUUUUGAUUCAGGGAUGCAACAUCUGGACAAAAGCAUAGAGUCUCCAUGGUUCUGAGAUGGAGAGGACUAUAAACUCCAGAAUACUUUACUUUUGGACUGUGCUCUGGUAUCCAUAGUAACAGCCCUGUAUCAGGUUUGUUAUGCUGCCAUCUUGGCAAGACAUGCACCAGCCCUGGAUUUAAACUUAAGUUUUUACUCAGAGGAAAUAAUAAAGCUGAUUUUAGAAACUAUGAAAGCAGCAAGACGUGGACAUGGGAUGAAGAGCUCCUUUGUUCCAGCCAACCAGUGUCACAAACAUGAGAAAUGCAAUUUAUUUAUAUUUAAUGUAUAUAGUGCAACAUUUCAUAGCACACAAACUAAAUCUCAGCUUCUGGUCUGAGGCUAAAGGCAGAGAGCAAAGUUGGAUUAAAAUGUAUAUAAUUGUGAUAUAUGUGUAUAUACGUACAUAUUUUUGUAGGAGUACAAAAUGUUCUGCUUCGCUUUGAGAAGAUUUAGAAUAUUUUUUUACUGUUUGCAGAUUCUGAAUGUUCUGUUUAAAGAACCAUUUCUCAGAGAACUGGGGUAAUAGUUAUUUUUUGUAAUAAAAUGUAUUUGCUUACUGCUAGAUAAAUGUGAUGAUAUGUUUAAAUUUACCUCAAAUGUGAAUUUUGUUUUUUUAUCUUUGUAUAUGUAGCUGAAAAGUCAGAUGAUCUGUGAACUAUAACUGGGUACAUGGAUUGUCUCUCCAUUUUAAUGAUUUGCAGAACAAACUUUGUUGGGCUGUUUUAUAAUAUUUGCAUUGGUACUUAAAUUAAUGGCUUUUAGGUAUUCCUUGUACAUACCCACAGUGACAUCUAUUAAGCAAGCAUUCUUCUCAAACAUUAUGCCAGUAAUAUUUUAUAUAUUUCACAGGAUUGAAUGAUACAGGCUGUACAAUGUUGCUACAAUUCAGCACAGGGUUUAGAUUCUGUUUUUGUAUAUAUGGAGGCAAAUGUAGCUGAUAACAAACCAGAGGACGUAAGUUAAUGCUCCCAUAUUCAUACAGAUUGUUGCAUGAAUUAAGAAAAAUGGCAGCCAUGCGACAAAGUAUAGUAACAUUUUCAGGUUUUAUAAAUUGAUCGCCAGUAUGUGCAGAAUGAGGGUAGACAGAUUUGAUCCAGUGCAGGUAAAGAAGGUGUGGUGACCAGUCAUUCCUUUUCUAACUGUAUGCUGCUGAAUAGGACACCUUCAGGGAAUUGAACCUUCAGCCUGACAUUUUUGAAUGCUUUACAGUAACUGUUUUUAGGUGAUUUUUAAAUUUAUUGCCAGUUUUUCGUGUGAGUGAGGGGAGUUACUUAUUGUUAAGGAACAAAGAUUGUGUUGUAGAAAUUUUUUUUCCCCUGUAAAAAGGACAGUGCUAUUGCACAAAGAUUGCACCGUAACUCAAAUACAAAAUAAAACUCAUCUGAAAACUUUC